UUAGGUGGGUGGGUAUACCAAAGUUCGGGUGGGAUUUACUGCACAACAAGCUGUUUCUUAUUGCCAAAAUAGACACUUGGAGGAGAAACACACCAAAUCAGGUUGCUAAAUGACUUGGAUCACCGACUUCAUUUCGCAUCCCCUAUGGAUGGUAUCCGCGUUCGUGCUGGCCGCGGUUACGCGAGCGCAGCGCAGAGGCCGGUGGCAACCGAGCGCAUGUCCAGUUCGACUCACGGGCAAAACGGCUAUAGUCACCGGGGCAAACACAGGGAUAGGCAAGUUCAUUGCCUUGGACUUUGCUCGUCGUGGCGCAAGGGUGAUCCUGGCAUGUAGGAGUGAGACUCGUGGGAUGGCAGCACUAGAAGAGAUUCGCCAGUGCAGUGGAAAUCAGAAUGUACACCUGCGAAUCAUCGACACCUCCUCCCUCGAAUCGGUUCGCAAGUUUGCUGCUCGGAUCCUUGAAGAGGAGAAAGAGCUUCAUAUACUAGUUAAUAACGCCGGGGCUUCAGGUCUACCACAGGGAAUCACUGCCGAUGGGCUGGAAUUGUCCUUCGCCACCAACCAUAUCGGGCCCUUCUUGCUCACCAAUCUGCUUCUAGAUCUACUGAAGAAAUCGGCCCCAGCUCGCAUUGUGAACGUCUCCUCAGCUAACCACAAGAAAGGCAAGGUUGAUUUCUCGCAUUUCCGUGGUGAGAAUUUGUCAUACGAGAUGGACACCACAUACAACCACACAAAGCUUCACAAUGUUAUCUGGACCAAUGAGCUGGCGCGAAGGUUACGAGGAACAGGAGUGACAGCAAACUCACUGCACCCGGGUAUUGUUAUGACAGAAGUUAUGAGACACUAUAACUGGAUUAUACGAUUAAUCUUCAACCUAGUGGGAAUAUUCUUCUUUAAGUCUUCUAAAGAAGGUGCAGUCAGCACAAUAUAUUGUGCCGUGGCGGAGGAGACCGAGGGAAUCUCAGGGAAAUAUUUUGACAGCGACUGCUCCCUUGUCCUACCAGCUCCAGAGGCUCGGGACCCAGCCAUUGGAGAAAAAGAAUUUGAAUACUGCGAGAGGCUGACAGCUAAGCCCUAAGCCGCAUAAACAUGACUUCAUGACAAAGUUAUUAUCAUGAAUUAGUGCUUUGUAAAUACACUUAAUAACUUAAGUAAUAAGGAAUAACUUCCUUUUUUAUGCAUUGUUUUUCCAUUUUUAAGGUAGGGUCUACGAAGUUUGAUGAAUGCUUCAGAAAACUGUCAGAACGAAAAACUAAACAAAAAUCAAAACAAACGUGUAGCCAAUGAGCAGAAAGGAGCGUGUCUUGUCAAUAUGGGCGGAGAGAGUGUUCAGUGCGGAUGUGUGACAUUAGCAGAAAGCGGUUUUAACAUUGACAUGGAGGAAAAAAACAAAGAAAGCGAAGAAAGGCUUACGAUAAGCCAAGAAGUAGGACCCGUGUUAAUAUAGGAUCAGCGGGAAGGAGCGGGAAGUUGGCCGCAUAUUCACAGAUUCGAGUUUCCCAAGUCAGAAACUCCUGAGCUAAACGCUGUUACUACACAAAACGCGGUUGUAGCUGCCUCUCUACAUUACUUUGAUAGAAAAGAGGUGUUAUUUGUGUAGUAACAGCGUUUAGCUCAGGAGUUUUUAUCCUCCAUGUCAAUGCUAAAAACACUUUCUGCUAAUGUCACACAUGCACACUAUCCUUGAAACAACAAGCUUAUUAUGGUUAUUCAUCAGUGAAUGUUUUAGCGAGGUUUUAAAAUUGGGAAGUUGGACCUGAAGAACAACUAACUGCUCCAAGUUACAUUGUGAGUUCACAGAAUGGAAAACUGGGCUAAUGGAAAUUUUUCAGUAAUCCAACAGAAAGGAAACAACAUGGGGAACAAUGACAAAACAAAAAUCUUAGUGUAGAUAACUAUAACUAUUGUUGCAUAUUAGAUUAAAUAGUUCAAUCAUUUAAUAUAUUAUUAUAAAAAUCCAACAUAAUUAAUUAAAGGACAAUGUUAUUUGCCCCUGCUUUGGGUGUGUUUCAGAUUUAAAUUUCUUUGUCGUGUCACAUUCCACAGAAGUGGUUAAUGUUUCGUAUAAAAGUGGACACUCAGGAUUUUAAGAACCUGUAGUUGUUCAUGAGUAUUUCUUUUUAAUAUAAGUAAUAACAGUAAACGAAUAUACUAAAUAAUUUGUAAUAACAAAAUGCACACAAAUGCAAUCUAUACAAAAAUAUAAAUAAAGAUAAGAUUUAAAUAGCUAUACAGUUAAAGCUAUAUUGUUGAACUGAGGAAUUAUACAGUCUGAUGGACACAGGUAGGAAGGGUUUCCUUUGGUGACAAGGAAAAAGGAAUUUUGAAACAAGAACUUGAACUUGAACCAAAUGUAAGAAUGUAAUUUCUACAACAGUUUAUAAUUGUGUAACCAAGAGCUCCUGAGGAACCAAUGUGUCAGGGCAAACUGUGAGUUCACCAUGGACCCAACACUAAUUCCUUCCAGCCUUCAAGUCUUCAAAUGAUUGCUGAUAAAGUC